GGGCACUACCUCAGUGAGGUUCGACAGGAGGACCAGUCAUCCGUGUGAGGAUGAGACACCACCCGGUGCAGGAGGCUGAGUGAAAACGGGAGCACUAAGACCCAGUGGGAGUGGAGGACCGCAUCAAGGGACCGGAGGAGUAGGCGCUGGAGGGUGGGAGCCAUCUGGUACCUUGGUCGCCUUCGGAACAGCAUUCCUCUCUAGUGACAAAAAUGGCCAGUCAGUCCCAGGGUAUUCAGCAGCUUCUCCAGGCUGAGAAGCGGGCAGCGGAGAAGGUGGCCGAUGCCAGGAAGAGGAAGGCCCGGCGACUGAAGCAGGCUAAGGAGGAGGCUCAAAUGGAGGUGGAGCAAUACCGCAGGGAGCGGGAGCAGGAGUUCCAGAGCAAGCAGCAGGCGGCCAUGGGCUCUCAGGGGAACCUGUCUGCUGAAGUGGAGCAGGCCACAAGACGUCAGGUUCAGGGCAUGCAGAGCUCCCAGCAGAGAAACCGGGAGCGUGUCCUGGCUCAGCUUCUCGGCAUGGUCUGUGACGUCAGGCCCCAGGUCCACCCCAACUAUCGGAUUACUGUCUAGAACCAUUGCUUAGGGACACAUCUCUAGGGUGACUCCUUCUAUCAGCUCCUUCCACAGAGAAAUAUCUCUACUCAAAACCACUUGUGUAGCAUGUGCAGAGCCCUGGGAUCAAUCCAUUAUACCAUUCCCCACACCGCCAAACCACUUCGCAUAAUAACCCGUUCCUGGUGGGGAGGCUUCUAUGUGACAGAAUCCAAUAUUCUCCCAUGAGACUUACACAGAGCCUGUUCAAACUGGAAUCUCUAUGUCCCGUGACACCCACUGGAAUCAUACUAAUGAAUGUCCAAGUUUCCCCACUGCAUCCCUCUGAGAAAUGUGUGUCGUGGUGACAGGGUGUGAACCCCACUGCAUCCCUCUGAGAAAUGUAUGUCGUGGUGUCAGGGGUGUGAAAAGCACCCUGACUUCAGAGCUGGCUGAUUUCUGGUCCUCACCACCCCUGUUCCUUGUUAGCUGUACAACUGGGCCAAGCUGUUUAACCUGGAGGCCUCAGUGUCCUCAUCUUUGUAACUGGGAUGACAGGAGUACCGCUCACUUUGUAAGGGGGCUGCUGUGAAUCGGCCUGUGAGAAUUCAGCAUAGUUCCAGAUGGGUUGCAGCUGUGACUGCGUAAACGGCGAGGCGAGCCUGUAUCGGGACCACACUCUGCGUGCCUGUGCCUGCCAGAAUCCUAAUCCUGUCUCCUGACUUUUUUAUUCCUGACACUCCAGCUCUGCUCAGUCACUGUAACUCCAGUAAUCCUCUAAAGAAUUUGUGCCUCUGGCUCUUCCCUCAUGCCCCUGAACAGUUGAAUGAUAACUGUCAUUCAGCCCCUCUCUCAGAGUCCCAAAGAUAUAUCGAACCUCUUAGCAACUCUCUUUGUUUCUCCCGACCUGGUCUUUCUCAUGGUGGGCUCCCCUUUCCUUUAUUUCCCCAACGCUCGCUGCUUCCGGGAGCUGAAGAGGUCUGUGACAUCCACACGCAUGCAUUCCUUUCUGUGCCCUCAGCACCUCGCCUCCCUGUGUGACAGCGGAGUGUCAAUAAAAUACCAGUGUAUGACGA